CUGACUCUGAGACACCUUUGAGCCCAUCAAUCUCCAUUGUCAACUCUCUCUUUCACUGUUUGUCUCUCCGUCUCUCCUCUGUUAGCUCUGUCAUGGCGGUUGAGGAGCAGGUCUCCGAUGACCAUCUUCCUGCCAAGCCGUCGCCUCCUCGUCCUCCUCCUUUCCUGGAGGUGUUCUGCAAGAGCUCCGAUAAGCCCAGACGAUUCGCAGCAGGCACCGAAGCGGGGUUCGCCGUGUCUCUGAUCAAUAAAAAGCUCGGAGUCGGGGCCAAGACCGUUGCUUUGUACAUAGAGGCUGUUAAAGAAGGGGAGGAGCCCGUCGCUUUCGGCCCCAAUUCAGUCCUCGUGGCUUAUGGAAGUGGGUGGAGGUUGCAGACUGUCACUGCUGAAGCAGAUCAUGCUGGGGAUAGAAGAGGAGAAGGGUUUCGCCGGCCGAUGACUCGAACUCAUGCCCUGAACUCCGGAGGCUCGCGCGUGGAGAGGGUGCAGACACCUCCCGUCAGCUCCCUGUACAUUGCCAAGAUACUACUUGCUUUUGUUUUCAUUUUUGUGCUCGGUUCGGUUUUCGUCCUGGCUCUCGAGUAUCUUCCUGUAUUGAUUUUAUAUAUGAAUUCAUUCAUGUAAAGUGUAUUAUGGACCGAUAUUACCCCUGCGCAUCCCCAUUCAUAAAUUAAUUCGCCACAGAGACUUCAAACUAUUGAAUUGAGGAUGAUGUGGCUCACUAUUUUCUCCGCC